CGCGAGUAUAUUGGGCACUUCUUUCCCAAGGGAAGUUUGAAACAAGACCAAGCAAGUUCAACAAUGUCGGAAUCCUCGCCGUUUAUUAAGAAACUAGCAGCAAAUGAUCGGAAAACCAGAGACGAAGCAUUGGCUUCUCUACAAAAGUUUUUGAGUCGAAAGAAAAAAUUUGAACGACUCGACUUUCUAAAACUAUGGAAAGGUCUUUUUUACUGUAUGUGGAUGUCUGACAAACCUUUGUAUCAACAAAAACUUGCCGAUAAUUUGGCCGGAUUGGUUUCUAUUGUACAUGAAGAUAAUAGAAUGUUGUUCCAAGCUACCUUUUGGGAAACAAUGGGCCGAGAAUGGGCAGGGAUUGAUAUAUUGCGCACGAACAAAUUCUACCUGUUAAUGCGAAGAUUCUGUGCUGCCGCUUUCUUGGAUAUAAAGAAAAGGGGCUCUUCUGAAGAAAAGUUGAAUAAGUUAGUUGCUCAGUAUAAUGAGAUGUGGAUGUCGGUGCCCUUCAACCCUAGUAAUCUUUCGUAUCCGAACGGCAUUCUCUUUCACUUGGCAGAUAUCUGGACAGAAGAAUUAACAAAAACUUUUGAUGAAGACGUCCCUAAAGCGGCGUGGUAUUUGCCCUUUGAUUCAUUGAGAACAACAACCAAAAACACUGUUUUGAAAAAGACGUUACCUAAACGUUUAGAAAGGGUUCCAGAAUACACCACCAAUGAUGAGUCUUCAUAAAUGUUCGGGGAAAAGAACUAUGUGAAGCAGAAAAGGGUUAUAUUGAUGAUUGGUUUAGGAUACUUUUUUUGUAAUAUAAAUUUAGACUUUUUGGGUUCAUAUACCUUUUGC